AGAUUGAAUCUUGGCUCAUAUCGGCUGGUAUUUCCUCAGUAAGAAUACGCAGUUACGCAGACUCUGACUCUAGCCGAUAUCUGAUAUUCGAGGCAGGCAGCUAAUGUAAAAGUUUCCACUGAGGAUGUUCAGCAACUUUCUUCUGCUCGUCAAGAGUGCAGGAAACCAUGACGCACGCGGAGGGCUGAGCUCGUGCAGCGGUAGUUUGGCUGCUUAAUCUCGUGAAGUGGGAGUUUGAGUGUCUGUCUGAGUCAGUGUACGUCCACUCUUGAGUAACUCAACACGCUUCACUUAUAAAGAGAAGAAAGUUGUCAUUUUUUUUUGGUUUAUUUUGAAGACAGACAAAGCUGAGGAUGAAGCUGCUGCUGCUCGUCGUUAUCGCCUGCCUCGCCUUACAUAACGGAAAGGGUAUGUCGAUUUUUUAGUGCUGAAAAAAAGCCACUUUGACAGUUUUAGUUGACGUUAUUUGGACGUUUUUUUAUACCACAGUUAUGGUUGCAAACAGUGGAAUUAUUCUCCACUAUGACAACUUAUGUGCUGCCACUAUAUAACAGAAUAGUGAACGAGUCAAACUUUGGUUUACAGGCCGUCAGAAGUCUGUGAUUGAUAAGCUAAAUGAUAUUGAUAUUUCCCCCCCUGUGCAAGCUGACUGUGUUUAAUGACAGCAGCUAUGACUCACUUGUUGGAGUCAGUCUCUGGUUUUUAUCAAUAAAAACACAAAGCUCUGAGCUCUAACUGUGAUAUAUGAUGAUGUGGAAAAAAGAGUCAACACGUUGAAUAUUAUUAAUGGGUACGUGGGAGUUACACCUGGUCAAGGUUAGAUUGAAUCGGAAAGAGAAAAUGCGUUUCGAUUUCCGUUUUAGGUUUCGAUCAGACUUGUUGAACACUAUGUUCGUAUUAGGGGUUUUUAUAGGAGGAGGAGGGUAGGGGGACUUUUAGCAUUACAUCAAGUGGGCCAGAGUAGUUUUUUACACACAGAGUAUAGAAGAGAGAGAGCGUGGGGAAACCCAGAGUUAUGACACGGAAACUAUCCUUUGAUAUGCUCAGCUGUAUCAGCUUCACACAGCUCCAUUAUUAUCAAUGUACAGUAUAUUAAUGUGAAAACCUUUAACUUAUAGGCUACCUUUUGUUUCUAUGUUUGCCACACUUCAUGACUUGAGGAAUACAUCUCUGCUGCUCUGCCUAUACCCUCUUUAAUUUGUUUAUUUAUUUCACCACAACUUUGGCAGGUUACUUUACUUAUUUUACCAAAAUUUAGAAAGGUUAUGAUAUUAAAGAGAAGUUAAGAAAGAUCUUGCCAUUAUGGCGAGGAGGCUCAGUGUCAAGGAGUUUCCUGGUAGAGAAAACAGCUGCAAUACUUCGAGUUACAGUAAAACGGGACAAACAAAGAAUAAAAUAAUAAUAAUUAUACUGCACAAAAUCAAAAUGACUAAAAGUGGUGGUCCAGUUCUUAAAAUAUACUCAGACAAACCCCUAUAGAGAUUGACUCCUUAGAUGUCAUGAAAGUCCAGAAAAAAACCCACACUUUGGUUCAGUUCCUGCUGAGGAAUGUCCCAAUUCUUUGGAGAAUAGAUACACAGAUUGGUUGAUAACAAUUGACCUUGUAAAACAAAAACAUUAGAUAAAUCAAGACUGUGUUUAGUUGAUUAAACUUUUAAAAAAGUACAAAUAUUGCUACCUGAUAUUCUAGAGUUAUUUGGAUUACAUACACCAAUAGUUAUCUACGGAUUAUCUUUAGUUCACAUCCAUCCUUCAGAGUUUACAGUAAACGCUUUCUUUUUUUAAUGAAUAGACACAAAAUUUUCAACUACUUGUCUUACAUUCAAACUAUUAACUGGUUUAAAGUAGCACAACAGGCAGGUAUUACCUGUGUUUGAUGAGAUGGCAAUGGACCAACUCUAGCUUUUAUUCUGAUAAAGAAUAUCUCGAGGAUUUUCUUCAAAUGUCGAGGAGUAACAGUUGUUCUUUGAAAAUUUGCAACAUGAUUAAUCAAAUUUUCUUUGAUAAAAACAGUUUCCAUAAGUCUUGAACAGUAUUAAGAGCCACUGAGUGCGUACAAAACAGGAAGUAGGAGUUUCAGUGAAGCACUUGUGCAAACUUGAUUGAGCAUUCAUGAACCCAAAAACCGAACAAUAAAUGUCAGCCAACAACAGUCAAGAUCUGCUGAUCAGAUGAUUGAUGAGAAUUUUGUUUCACAGGAACUUUGUCUCCAAAAAAAAAGUUAUCUUUAUAGUGUUGCAGUGAAACAGAGAGCUUUUUACACAGGAUAUUGUUGUAAGAUUAGUGCUCAUAACAUCAGAUCAGCAGUGUGAUAAACUUGCUGUGAUGUGCUGAGAAGCUGUGAAACUCUUACUUCCCUUACUAUCAGUGUCUUCAAGAGAGUAAACAGUUUUGCAGGCAAGAGUCAGUUGACUCAGUUUUGCUGUAAUGUUGUAACCCCCCUGAUAUAUGGAACUAGUAAACCCUGAUUGCUAUAAUGAGCCAAUCCAGAUGAGCAACCAGAUAUUGCCAAAGAACUCUGAACUGAAUCACUGCAUCCUAUGUUUCAUGGUAACUAAAAGUCUCUAAUUAUCUUUUUUGUUGUUGUUCAACAGGAACUCCUUUGAAAGCCGUGUAUUCAUUUGUGAGAUGUAAUCCAGAGGGCGGCAACACCAACUGUGUGACCUAUCAGGGUCCAGAAAUGCCAUGGAGUCCAGAGCUACCUUCCAAGCUGCCCGCUUCAACUGCACAGUACCUGUAAGUGCUUGUGUGUGUGAGUGAGUGUGUGAGGCGGGAUGUGAUUGUUAUUUGUUGUGUUCCUCAGAGUGAGUUAAAAGCAGUAGAGAAAAAAAACAAAACCAUCUCUGGGAUAUGAUAUAGCCGGUUUCUGUCAGAUAAAUGCAGACUGUAAGUAUAGAAAUGCUGAUGCUGCAUUGGAUCUGUCACCUCGGUCAACACAACUGCAGCAACACCACCUCUGCCUGUGUGAGUUUGUGAGUGUUUAAGUGUGAGGUUGGAGGCCAAGAAAAGCCAAAAUAGAGGACAACGUGGAGAGAUAAAGAAAGACAGAGUGAGAACCUGUGAGAGACAGAGGGAAGAGGUCAGAAAAGGAGGGAUAAAAAACAUCUGCGUGUCUUUAUUUAGUAGAUCACACCACAGACAGUGUUAUACACGUUUAAAGCAGUAGCUGUUUAUUUGUUAAAGCUCCUAUGAGUAAUUUUUAGGAUGCUAUAAAACAAACAGAAAUGAAUCCUGUAUUCCUUUAUAUGACCUACAGAAGUAAAGGAGACCACCAGUAGCAAAUUUUACAUGGUUUUAAUGCAGCUGCAAUAGGGUAAGUGUCAGAAGAGGAGGUUUACAUACAGAUGCAGACAUAGCCUUUGUGUAUAAUUUCCACUGCAUUACUGUCAAAGUUUGACAGGAAUUAUCAUGUUUCCCUCUUUAAAAGACAUUGAACUAAACAACACAAAAGGAGACAUGAUCAGCAGUUACACAAAAAUAACUGCUUUUCCACAGGGGGCGCCAGAACCAACACAAACCAAAAGUUCCCCACAAGUGUUUUAGUUCUUCUCUGGUUUAGAAUUCAACAUAAACAUGAAACAAAACAUGUCUGAAUGUAUUUAUGUUUGUGGUGUUCAGACUGUGAGUUCAAAGCACUCAAACUAAAGCCUUGUGUCCUCCAGAUUGCAAAACAGAUGAAUUUAAGCAAGUCUUUUCUGAAGAUGCUAUAUAAUCACAUCUAUGUUUCGCUCCUUUCUCUCUGUAUAUGUUAACAACUGGUGUUCUUAAUUUGAAAGCCCAUCCCUCAGUCCGUCGAGAGUUGCACACAUAAUGGCGUCUAUACCUUUACAAGACCAAAAGGCAAACUAUGCUGUAAUUUAUAAUUCUCUCUAUCACUAUUUACUGUAGAGUUACUUCAAAAAUGGAAAUACAAACACAUCAACAUUUAAAAUCAUGUGUGUUUGUCUGUUGUCCUCUCACAAUGACAGUGAUCCAUACAGAAAAGUUUCCUGAGUUCUUAUGUUCACACUGAGAAGAACUAAAACAGCCCUCAAAAGUUUGGAAAAGGCAAAAGUUACUUAAUAAACUUUCUUUGUGCAAUAAGUGCCAAAAAAGCACCAGUCAGCAGGUUCCAUUUACACUCCAGUGUCACUGUGAUUUUCAAAAAGGGUUAAAAGUCAUCUGUAAUUCCUCAUUACUGUUUCAUCAGACGCUCUGCACAUUUACAUCCACAUACAUCCUGACAAACAGAUGGUGAACAACUAUUAUAAGAGAUAGUACAGAUUUGUUGUCAACCCAGAAAGAUCGUUAAGUGCUGUAACACCUCACACACAUCAACACCUCUCGCCCUCUUUGGUUUCUGGUGUUAAAAAGGUCAUCAGUUUUUUUGUCUCGCUUUGACUAUCUUCUCAGUCUGCCGUCAAAGAUGAACCCCGUGCAGAUGAAACUGUUUUCUUUAAAACAAAGAAAAAUCUCUAAGCCUCUCUUUUAAUUCAGUCUCUCUGUCAUGUUGUUUCGUUUAGUUGAACUGCAAAUCUGUCUGGAUGUAGUAAGCCUGGGAAGAAGAAUACGCACAUCUUUGUUUUUUUUUAGAACAUAUGGUACUUGUGAAAGUAUUUCUGUUUAAAUGUGUCGGACUUCUCAGAAAGUCUGCAUCAUAGUCUUGGUUCUCAGCUUCAGUUUCCUCUUUUAGAGUUCCACUUAAAAGACAUCGAUCUUAUCAGUUUAAUAACCUCUUAUUAAGAGAAAAGAAAACCACAAAUCAUUCUUUAUCUGGCAGCGAUAUAUCUACGAUGUGGAGCACACAUUGAGUAUGUAAAAAUAGUUGUAGCAUUAUUUGUGGAGUCUGAAAAAAAACCAAUAGUUGGAACCCUCUAAAGACUGAAAUUUAUGCUCAAGUGUUGCAUGGUGAAACCUUUUAAAUUUGAUUAUAGCUACAAAAAGCUGCUUUAUUAUCCAUAAUCUUGAGGAUUAUCCUUGUAUGAGAUAUAGUCGAGGCCAGUAGCUCAGAAAAGGUGAACGGCAAAAGGUUUUAUUUCUCUUAGCAUCGAUUAGCCAAAACAGAAGGAUGCAUACAGAGGCAAAACAAGAAGGUGGGAAGAGGACCAGUUGUUUUGAGAAAGUGGAACACUCUGUAAAUUGAGAUUAUUAUUAUUAGCCUACGUCUUAUCUUACAACACCUCAGUUAUCUUGAAAACACCGAGGCCUCAGCUCAGCUCUCACCUAAGCAGCUCGCCUCCAACAGGAAGCCGGAGGGAAGUGUCGAGAGGAAGUGGGCUGUGACGCCUGGUGGGCUGCUGCUUCUGGUCUAUUGUUUUGUCUCUUCGCAGAGCCACAUUAGUCUAAUACUUAUGUUCCUGAAGCACUAGAUUACAUGUCGAAAACAUGAGUUACCCAGUGAUUCAGUAAGAAUAUGACAGUCUUUUGAGAAAUUUAUUUCCACUGAGCUCAUAGCAAGAUCUGCCCGCAGAGAAUUACAAAAUAAGUUGAAGCUGUUUUUACAUCUUCAGCGUCUCAGACUUGGUUUUACUUUUAAUUUAUCGACAGAAGCCAAUUGUAGAGUUCUGUAUCAACACUUUGUCCUAACAGCUGUUUCAAGGCCUUUACAUAGAGAUGUGAGUCCGUGUGAUGAAGCUUCGUCCUGUAGACUUCAACAUUGAAUCAACUUGUUUUGUGUAGCUAAUGAGAAGGUAUGACAGACAUCAAUAAGCACAGUCUGCUAUCACCCACUCAGUCUUUAGACCAUCUUUAGUCAUACAGAGUCAGUGGAGACACUUGUGUAGGUGUUGGAGCCUGUGACGUCAUCCACCUACCUGAUACAGGUAUUGACAGGCUGUGUUUCCCAACACCUCUACAUGCUGCUGAUGAUUGUGAAAGAGGACCAGGCUGUAAAUAGAACCAGUCUUAACAGUAUGAAAAAACACUCACCACUUCACUCAAAAACAGGGUUUGGUCGUAUGUGCUGCAAAAUAUGAACGUGCUGACAGACAGACACUGAGAACAUUUUCAUUAUGUUAUCAUUUUAUUCGUUGUUUGAUCCAGUAAGUAAUAAAAUUACAACAUGCCACUCUCACCAUCAUGUUUUAAAUUGUUAAAGAUAAUAUGUGGAACUUUUGGUUUCUGUGGACUUUGGCGCCCCCUGUGAGUGAAGCAGUCUUUUCUUAUCUUGUCCUUAUACUGAUACUGGAGGAGUGCUUUUAAAAGCGUCUCAUCCUGCUAACUUUUAACAGUAAAAUACAUCAUUUAAUGUGAAAACUUUAUGUGCAAAAUAUAAAAACAGGGCUUCUUUAUCAUUUCACAAAACGGUCUUUUUUGUUUUGGGUAUCUUAAAAAAGCAUCAGUGUAAAUUUUAGUAUAUUUUAUAAAUGUCUAAAAACUCCUCACAGUAGCUUCAAUACAAUUCAUAAAAUGACUAUUAAAGCUGCAUUUUGCAGACAGAUUCCAGAGAAAAGUAACACACAAUUAUAAUACAGUUUCUUUGAAAUCUCCAGGGCAGUUAAACUGGGGUUGAGUUUUUAGCUAGAAACAUUCGUCUUGCAGCAAAGAGUUACAUUUUUCAACAAAAUUUGAAUCCUCCAUUUUUUCCCAUCUGAACGUGUCGUCUUGCUUUAACAUUUUUCGUUGAAUAGUACAUGACUGGGAAAAAGGUAGUUCACUCAACUGUCUGUGCAAAAUUAAACAGAUAUGAAAAAAAGUCAUGAAAAGUUUGUUGAUAACUCUAAAACAUGACAGACAUCAUUCAACAACACUGAGAUUUUGAGGUUUAAUUGAAGAGGUACUGACACUAAAUUGUCAGACAUGAAGUAUCAUGAUUCAAGUUUUGUUUACGAUGUUUAACCCUUUCGAAGCUUUAAAAAAGACUGUUAUAUAACCUACCAAACUCUGUCAGCAUGUUUAAAUAUCUGACUUUUCUUCUGUUUCCAGAGAGGCAGAGCCUGUGGAGGAUGAAAAACCAGAGACAGAGGAGGGAGAGGUGGUGGAAGAGGAGGUAGAGGAGGAGGUGGAGGAGGAAACACCCUUGCAGAGUGAAGAAGGGGAGUCCCCUGUGGUUUACUACUACGAGGAGGGCUCUGGAGGCUAUGAAGGCUCUGCAGCUGAGGGACUAUUCAUGGCGGACAAGGCCGCUGAUAGCGGCUCUGGUGCCUCCUCGACAGAGAGUUUCUUAGAGCUUCAGAAAGGUAAUUUUAGGGUGACAAAGAUUGUAUGUAUGUCCUUAGUCCUCCUUGAUCACUAAGCUGUAUUGUCUCUUGUUUUGUAGGGGAAUCCAGGGGCAUAAGGCGGUUGUUCCCAAGCAGGUUUUUGGUUGGUGAAGUGAAACCAGAGGAGAAGGAGCUGAAAGAAGAUCACCUGCUGCAGCUGUAGGACACACUUCCAUUUACACUCAGAGACACACAUAAAUAUGGCUAGCAUCUAAAGUAUUACAUCCCUGUCUAUUCAAAUAGUAAAUAAAGCACAAAGAAUACUGGACAAAGGCCAAAUGUAUACAGAUAUGUAUAUUUUUCCUACACUGAUGAAAAUAAUGCUUUUGUAUCAUAGGAACAUGUUAGAACAAAAAGAAGUAUCUGCCAUAUAAAAGAGCUGUAUGAAUUAGUGAGAUAUACAAUAACUUCAGCUUCAUAUAGUUGGCAGUGAUCUUGUCUUUUUGUGGUAAAGAAGUGUAAGUAGGACUAAGCUUUAAAUAAAAAAUGUAAACCAUGCUUUGGAACAAUUUUGAUAUCAGUGCAAUAAGAUUUUACCUUUGACCGUGCCUUGCUCACUCUGUGCAGCUGUGGUUCAAAACUCUGUUUUUUUUAGUCAGAAGGCCUGUGUUCCUAUAAGACACACAAGAAACCAAAACAUAUCUUUAUAUUAUUAUAAUAUUUGACACUCCCCCCUCUUAAAUGUUGUGACACUCAACGCAUAUCAAGUGAGGUUAUGCAACAUUUUUAAGGAAUUUCUGGUCUGAAAUGUUGAACAUAAGACUCUUGCAAACCCAGAUCCCUCAGGACUGGAUUCAUGCAAUCUAAACCACUGUGAGUUGGAUGGUAUUCAGAGUAUGUAUUCUGCAAAUUUGUGCAUUUAACGUGCUGCAUUUUGUAAUCUGCAUUUGAAAUACUUCCUUAAAUAAAGAAUUUUUAACAAGU